AUGAAAAUUAAGUAUGAGAAGAUUUUACAAAAGAGACAAAAGAAGCAAAAAAAGGGACAAAAUGAUGCAAAUAACAACAAUAUUAACACAGAUGACAUUGAUGAAGAAACAAUGCAGAAGAAACCACGAAAAUUGAAAAAGAGAAAGGUGAAUUACAAAAGAAGCCCAAAGGAAGUAAAAAACCCAGCAGAAAUUGAACAGCCCAAUCAAUAUGCAUCUUUGGAUAAUGAGAACAAGCAUGAAACUAAUGCAGAAAAAGUAAAGGAGGACAAUGAAGGUAUUACCGGCAUAAGCAACUCUGAUGAAGGACGAAAGAAAGAGCAAAAAAUAAAAAACCCAGCAAAAAUUGAACAGCCCAAUCAAUAUGCAUCUUUGGAUAAUGAGAACAAGCAUGAAACUAAUGCAGAAGAAGUAAAGGAGGACAAUGAAGGUAUUACCGGCAUAAGCAACUCUGAUGAAGGACGAAAGAAAGAGCAAAAAAUAAAAAUCCCAGCAGAAAUUGAACAUCGCAAUCAAUAUGCAUCUUUGGAUAAUAAGGUAAUCCUAUGA